AUGGGUAGUACAAUAUUCGUCAAUAUUAUCAUAAAGUUCGAUGAUACAACAAAUCUCGAAAAGCGUUUUGAGUAUGAACUUCCGAAAGGAGCAAACUUUGAUGUAAUCCGAAGCAUACUCAUGAGGAAAGGUGUAGGGAGAAAGGAGGGAGAACAAAUUCCAUCAGCAGAAGAAAUUAUUCGUAACUUAACCGACAUAUUACAUGUUGACAACGAUAAUAAGUAG